UGCCCUGUCUCCUGCGGGCUGCUCCUGGGCUUGCGCGCCCCUGCCUCUGCUUUUCUACCCUCUUCCCAGCGCGAGGUGCCGUCCGGCACCAGCUGCUUCGCCCCGCGCUCCGGCAGAGCGUCGGAGGGGCGGCGGUCCGGCGAUGGCGGGGCGCGAGCGGCGGCGCUGAGGAGACCGAGGAGACCGAAGAGGGAGUGGGCGCCAUGCGGUCCCUGAACAUCACCCCGGAGCAGUUCGCGCAGCUCCUGCGGGACAACAACGUGACGCGGGAGCAGUUCAUCGCCCUCUACGGGCUGCAGCCGCUGGUGUACAUCCCGGAGCUGCCGGGGCGCACCAAGGUGGCCUUCGUCCUCAUCUGCGUGCUCAUCUUCGCUCUGGCGCUCUUCGGCAACUGCCUGGUGCUUUACGUGGUGACCCGCAGCAAAGCCAUGAGGACCGUCACCAACAUUUUCAUCUGCUCCCUGGCGCUCAGCGACCUCCUCAUCGCCUUCUUCUGCGUCCCCUUCACCAUGCUGCAGAACAUUUCCUCCAACUGGCUCGGCGGUGCCUUCGCUUGCAAGAUGGUACCAUUUGUUCAAUCCACUGCUAUUGUAACUGAGAUUCUUACAAUGACCUGCAUUGCUGUGGAAAGACACCAGGGAAUUGUUCAUCCACUAAAAAUGAAAUGGCAGUACACCAAUAAAAGAGCUUUCACGAUGCUUGGCAUAGUCUGGUUGUUGGCAGUUAUUGUUGGGUCACCUAUGUGGCAUGUGCAACGACUUGAGGUUAAAUAUGACUUUCUGUAUGAAAAAGUGUAUGUUUGUUGCUUGGAAGAAUGGGCCAGUCCUAUUUAUCAGAAGAUAUAUACAACCUUUAUUCUUGUUAUACUAUUCCUUCUUCCACUGAUGUUGAUGCUUUUUUUGUACACUAAAAUUGGCUAUGAACUCUGGAUCAAGAAACGAGUGGGAGAUGCUUCAGUUCUUCAAACCAUUCAUGGGAGUGAAAUGUCUAAAAUAUCAAGGAAGAAGAAACGAGCAAUUGUUAUGAUGGUGACAGUGGUGUUUCUCUUUGCAGUCUGUUGGGCCCCUUUCCAUGUGAUUCACAUGAUGAUAGAAUACAGUAAUUUUGAAAAGGUGCAUGAUGAUGUUACAGUCAAAAUGAUCUUUGCAAUCGUCCAGGUUAUAGGAUUCUUCAAUUCUAUUUGCAACCCUAUUGUGUAUGCUUUCAUGAACGAAAACUUCAAGAAAAAUUUUUUGUCUGCCAUCUGCUUCUGCAUUGUCAAAGAAAACAUAUCACCAGCGAGGCAACUUGGGAACUCAGGGAUUACUAUGAGGCAGCAGAAGGCAAGUGUUUCUCAAAGAGAUCCCAUUGACUCAGAUGAAGCCAGGAGGGAGGCAUUCAGUGAUGGCAACAUUGAAGUCAAGUUCUGCGAUCAGCCUGCUUCCAAAAGGAAUUUAAAAAGACACCUUGCCUUAUUCAGCUCUGAGCUUACUGUGCAUUCUGCAUUAGGAAAUGGACAGUAGCAUCACAAAGGUUUGGAGAAUGGAAAAAGCAUUCUCUUUACAUGAUAACUUUGAAUAAGCCACUUUAAAAUAGUUUUCUACUUUGCAUGCUGCAAUGAGGGGAAAAAUAUUUUGUGGAUUAUUACAAUGUUGGGAUAAUGGUUGAGAAAAUGUAAUAUAUUUUAUAAGGAUGAGGAGUAAAACUUUGGAAAACAAUAUUACUGUGUGACUUCCAAGAAAACCAAAACAAAAAUCCCACAUUUUUCUUCCUAGGCUGAUUUAGGGCUUGUUUGCCCUCUGCUUUAGGUAAAACGAACAACUACUGCUUGCUCUGUUUAUUCUGUGCCUGGAUGCUGGCACACUGCUGGACCAUACAUGGCUGAAUGCCAGAAGACAGGAACUGUGGAGAGAGUGCACGAUUUUUUUGGACAACUUGGAAAUCUGACAUGGGUCUAACAUUGUAAGGUGUGCUCUCUGCAGCUCUGAAGACAGAGGAGCUUCAGAUCAGAGGUCAGGAAAAAUGCAGACUGAGAUGCAAUUUUAUUUUGGGGAAAAAAAGUAUAUGAAAGAUCCAGCCAGAAUUUGACUUUGAAGAGAUUAAGAUUUAAACAUUGCAUGCAUGUUCAGAUUUUGUUAACAGGAAGCAUAUUAGAAAUUAACAAUGCAUGCAUAAUUAAUGUGCUGUUUUCACAGGUUAAUUCUUGGGUACAGAUUUAAAUGCCAGUGUACUGCCCUGUAAACUGCAUUGUUCUGCUGAAAAAUGUAGAAAUUGAAAAAGUGCUGCAUGAGAGCGUGCAGGUGCUGGAGGCCUGGUCUAUAGAGUAAACACUGAGUUUCAUUUACAGUCAUGCUUGGAUACAUGACUUACGGGUUGAAAGUAUGGUAUUGCCAUUUUCUGGAGGGAUAUAAGGGCCAGAUCCUGAGCCUGUUGGGACUCUACGGAAGACUUUCAAUAGAGUAUUACGGUCUUUUGACCAGACAUUUCUCUGAAGACAUGCACAAAUUUGUCUUUUCAUCAUCUUCAAAGUGGAUUAAUUACUGUCUAAGAACAAGGCCAGUGUUCUGUUAUUUUUAGGCUGCACAGUAAAUUACAUGGUUGAAAUCCAUAUAAAUUCUAAAUAUUUGUCCUCUCUGUGUCAAACUGAAAAAUUGUAAAAUGAUACUUACAAGUGUGGGCCUGGUGGGGAAAAGUGUGAUCUAGAAUGGUACACUGUGAUCUGAUCCCGUAAAUGAGGCUUUGAAAUACAUAGUUUGCAACUCCAGCUGAGGUUAGGUUGGAUCCUUAGGUUGGCCUGUGAAAUGUCGGUGCUCUCUUCUGUCAUCUCUUACCUCACUUAAGGGACCUUGGUGCUCCCUUGGCAGUAAACUUUAAGAUUCUUUUACAUUGCUACUUUACACUUCAUUGUAAAUGAAAAUUCAGUCUGAAUUAUCGUUGUAUAAGGAUACUUCCUUGUAUUGGAAGUAGUCUGAUCCUUUUGUAAUGUUUACAAAUUUCCAUUGGAUAAGUAUUCUGAUGCUGGUUUGUGACAAACUCUUUAUUUACGUAUGUAUUAUUUAUAUUCUAUACGAUAUACUCCCAUGCAAUGACGGGAAGAUUCCUGACUUGUCCUGAUAGCCAGGAAUUAAGAGCACUUCUACUUACAUAAGCAUAUUUGUUAGAUAAAAUAACAAUUUUGGAGAGCUAUGUCUGGGUAAAACAACAUUAGUGAGGUUAGGUUCUGCUUUAGACAGUCAUGCAGGCAUGGCCCUGUGCAUUGCCUUUGAAUAAUACUGGAAGCAACAGCAACAAUUUUUCCCUGCAAUUACAACUGUGACUUCCUUUGAAGCUCAUUUCUGUCUUAGCUUGUCUUUCAUCUUUGUAGACCAGGGUCUCUUAUUAAGUUUUCUGCCCUGGAGAACAGGGGCUAAUGGUGGCUUAUUAUAAUAGUUUUCUUCAGCUGGUAUAAAGUUUAUCUGGCUGAUGAUAACUAUGUCUUUUGACAGAUCCUGUAACUGAAAAACAAUUUUUUUUAAGCUUUUUAUUUAUUUGCACUGCUGAUUUAAAUGACAGAUUUCAGCAAAAGCUUCCAAGUCUUUUAUGUUUUUGUCUUACCUGUUUCUUCUGUUGUCUCAUAAAAUGUUAUGUCAAUGAGUAACUGUUACAGUAUUUUUUUUCAUUAAAAUUCCUUUUUGGCAUUGCUGGUGCUGUUUCACACUGGGUGUAUCUACUAUAAACCUCAUUCUUGGAGUCUGUCUUUGUUUAAAGUUCAUAUAAGCUUGUAUGUGCUUUUUUAGUGAUUAAAUUCUAGUCCUGUUACAGGUGCCAGCUGUUCCUGUAAUCCUGAGAGAUGUGAUUUAAAGGACUUUACAGAAUAAGGUGAGAGAGGGGAAAAAAACUUCCAGUGUCUUGGUAAGAGAGAAGUGGUAAAUGUUUCAGCACAGAUAUUUGUGGCUAAGGUUAGAUUAAAUAUAAAACAAACUACUAAAGACAGUUCUCGUACUGUCCUUAAUAGUAACUAUAUUAUUGGUGCAUUUUUGACACAAUAGUUUUCUCAGAGCCAGAUAAUUCUGUGAGAAGUCCUAGCUGCAGGGAAUAGAAAACCCUUUAUUGACUUAAGCCAGAAUCAAGAUUUUAUCCAUGGUGGCUUUUUUAAUAUGUCAGAGCUUCAAUUUUGAUUUAACUAACAAAACAAAUUGUUCUAUUGAAUCAGGUCAAUUGGCUAGUAGCCUUGUCUCUUGCAGUGGCUCAUACCGUGUUUCUGAGUGUGUGGCUGUAAUAGAGUACUUCAAACCAGUGACAGCUAGCACUGCUGAGGAAAGAACAGCCCUGCUGUCCUCCCAGCUUGUCUGCUUAUUCCCAUCUUAUAUUAAAAGAAUCGCAUGGUGAAGCUGAUCAGAAAAAAUUCUGG